CAUCUCAACAAAACUGCUUCAUGACUAGCGCAGUGUCUCACAAGUCUAACUCCAAACUUAACUGAACUCUCCGAUGAGAAUCGUUCCGACAAACUGCAACAGACUCCCCGCAAGUACUUUCUGACGGAAUCCAAAACCCUCUGUACGCACAAGGGCCAAAGCGUUAAAAGCGAACGAUGGUGCAGAAAGCCUUUCUAAAGAUCCGGGUUGGCGAAAGGCAGGUCCUGAGCUUCGAUUUGGUCCUGUACGACGAUGACGUUCCAAACACGGUCCGAAACUUUGUCCACUACCUCGAAGAGCGAGGGUCCACCGGAUACCUGAACUCGCGCUUUCAUCGCAUUAUCAAGGGAUUCAUGGCGCAGGGAGGGGAUUUCGUCAACGGAGACGGCACCGGCACGGCAAGCAUUUACGGUGGGACGUUUGCGGACGAGAAUUUUCUCCGCCGCCACGACCGACCGGGGAUACUCUCGUAAGUGCUGCACCAGCGGGGGAAAUCGGCCGCUGAACGAGAUCCACUUUCCAUCCAGAGCAUCGACAGUCAUUUGAAAACCACUAACGCUGGUCGUGUUUGUUGACGAAAUUUCUCUCUGUUUCAUUUGCGCGAAGUAUGGCCAAUAGCGGAAAGGACACCAACGGCUCGCAAUUCUUCAUCACCUUCCGUCCGACACCGCACCUCGACAACAAGCACGUUGUUUUUGGCCAUGUGGAUCUCUCGUCAACGUCGAGCAAGGAUUCGUUGCGAAUACUGGAAAACGUACGAACCGGCCGGAGCGAUCGACCAGUGACACCCGUCCAAAUCGUCGACUGCGGCAUCAUCUCCGAUGAUGAGGGCAACGACGAGAGCGAAAAAGGUGCCAAAAAGGGAUUGGUGUCGGGAGAGAAUACAACAAAACACCCAACAGCGAAAGAUGACAUCGAAGUGGAGUUGCCGGUGGAGGAAGAGGAGGAGGUACCUCCAAAGACCAAAGCGGAAGCUCUGAAGCGACGUAUGCGAAAACUCAAAAUGAAGAUGAACCAAGCCCGGCAACUGAACAAACAAGAAGUCUUGCGAGAGGGAGAACGCCUCGGAAGUGUCGAGGGAGCUGCCAAGGCACGCAAGCGACAACAAAUUAUGGACAAAAAGGCCAAGGAGCUCGAGUGGAAGAAAAGAAACAGCAAGGCCCUGGAAGUUGCCGCGGCCGCUGGCUUGGACGGGAAGCACCUGGUGGAACAGGCCGAUGCGAGCCUCCGGAAAGCCUACAAGAAGGAACAAAAGGCCGUUUCGCAGCAGUUUGCCGUGAACGACUACUACAAUCCGGAGGGACAGCACAGAAACUACGAGCGCAAUCUCAAGAGCCUGUCGCGGGCGGCCGGGCCGCUGCCGGAGGACGCGGUGACGAACGGCCACGCAACCUUCGACCCGACCACGGACGAGUCGGACGAAAAGCGGGAGCGAGAGGGAGCCCGCAACCUGGCCAACGAGCUGAAGCGGCGAAUCGAGAAGCAAAAGGAGAAACGAAACCGCCUCGAAUUCGAGGGAGAGGACGUCACCUGGAUCAACCAGCGAAACAAGAGGUUCAACCAAAAGAUUUCCCGCAACUUUGACAAGCACACGGCGGAGAUCCGCCAGAACCUAGAACGGGGAACGGCCUUGUAGGCGCAAUGCAUCCAGGGACGGGGCGUGUUUUGUGUUCAUUAGUAUUGCUAAUAUUACAUCACUAUCAUCUUUAUAAUCCUUAUUUUUUCACUCCUGUAUCUCGUUCCCUUCGUUUUAAUGAUUCGAAACAAAUGCGAACCAAUUGC